CUGAAUAUCGUUCUAUUGCUAAGCAGCUGCGUGAUGUGCUUACAAACGCCCACGAAUCAAAACGUCAUCCCAGCUGCCUAACCCCACUUCGGCGCAGCUGACUAUGGACAACACCAAGUAGACAACACCAACGCGCUUGAACAUAAAGUUAACAUGGCCUCCUGUGCAAUUUCACGUCUAUCUUUAUGUACUUAUUCGCAAAUCUACGCUCCCCCUUUCGAGUCCAACAUUUGACGCGUAUCACCUCGACACGAAACUUCGCAACAGAAACUACCAUGACUUCACAAUCACAGAAGCCGGUCCUCAUCUCUGGCGGGGGCAUUGCCUCGCUACUUCUCGCGCGCUCGCUCAACAGAUCCAAGAUCCCUUUUGUCGUCUACGAACGUGACGCGAGCAUCGUGUUCCGCGCGCAGGGUUACCGACUUAGGCUGAGCGCAGUCGGCUUGGACGCGAUUGAGAAUGUAUUAGGGCCUGAAGGGUUCCAGAAGUUCUACGAUGCGUGCGGCAAGACAGGCGGCGCGGGCUUUGCUGCCAUUGACCCCUUGACAGGCGAGACGCUCGGAGCAGAAAACCAGACGGUGAGCAAAGAGCCGCUUUCAAGUAGAGGCGCCAAGGUCAUUGGCAUAUCACGAGGCGACAUGCGGGAGCUGUUCAUGGACGGCUUGGAAGACAACGUCCGUUGGUCACACCACGUUAAAGGCUACGAAACGACACCCACCGGCGUGCGCCUGAUUUUUGCCGACGGAUCAAAGUCGGAAGAGGGCUCUCUUCUAAUCGGUGGUGAGGGUGUCAAGUCAGCUGUCGCCUCGCAACUCUCGAACGGGGCAAUCAAAGUGUACGACCUUGGUGCGCGUGGGAUUCAUGGACAGGCGCCAACGACUGCCUUCCUAGGCCUUGGAGAGGGUGUGUUCCGCAUGGUGGACGACAAGACGCAGGCCAACGGCGGCAAGGUAUUCAUCAUCACAAACGUACGCGCAGACGACAUGCACAACCCAGACAUUAACUUUGGCUGGACCUUAGGCGGGUCGCCGGGCGUGAUCAAGGCGCCGAAUGACAACUACACCAUCGUCGGCAAGGAAGCUGCUGAUAUUGCGAAAUCUCUCACCUCACACUGGCACGAGCGUGUUAAACCGCUCUUCGACAACAUGAUCGAGACUGACGCCGCCUUUUGGAAAAUCACAUGCUCUAGUCCAGAGGGUGUGCCUGAGUGGCGCAACGAGCCGCGGGUGACGGUGAUUGGGGACGCGGUGCACGCAAUGACACCUGCGGGCGGGAAUGGCGCGAACACAGCGGUACGCGACAGCGACCUUUUGGGUAGGCUGUUGAGGGAGGCGUGGGAGAAGGGCAACGGCCUUGACUGGGAAGGUGUAACCGCAGCGUAUGAGAAGGAGAUGCGCGUUUACGGCAGCGCCGCCGUGAAGGAGAGCUAUGAGCACGCAACCGGGCAGUUUGGGAUCAAGCUUGAUCUUGCCACAACGCCCACUAUCACCGACUACGUUGCGCCAAAUUGAUUGAUGUCAAACACGCUUUAUAUAUUGGAUUGAGGACGUUUUCAUCUUACGAGAUCAUGCUGCCACGACUCCUCGUGAUCUUUCUGUUUCUGAUAUCAGAUACGCGUUUUGAGUGAGCGAGCGAGUUUGAACAAACCACCUAUGGUGUUACUGAUUGAGCUUUCCUACCUACAAAACCCAUUCCAAGAUAAUGCUAUCCCACAAGAUAC